GGCCUAAAAGUACUUCGCCUGUCUCUUUCCCCAUUGCGCUUGCGCUGAAUAAAGUACUGUCCCCGUCUAGGUGGCUUUCUGCAUCUUAAAACGAGCCAUCUCAAGCUCCUGAGCACUUCAAGCUGAGCAGGCCCAGAAGACCGCUGCGCAAACACUUUGCGACCUCGCCGAGACGAAACCGCCGCCAACUCACUUCCGGAGCACGACUGACCCCCACCAACCCCCAACCCUGCGAUACCGGAAGAGCUUCGGUCUGAGUUUCGCUGUCCCGCCCCCUCCGGCCUUGGCGCGGCUAGGGCGGGACUUCCGGUCUCGUUCCCGAGAGUUUCCGGAAGUGAGCCGGCUGGGAACCGGAUGUGAUGUGAGGUUCAGUAUCCCCGAACGUGUAGCUGGUGGGCUGUGUAGGUCACCCUCUCCCACGGUGCCGCCGACCCCUGUGUGUCUGUCUUUCCGCGGGUAGGAGGGCGUCAUGGAGGCGCCGCCGCCCGCGCCCCGCAGCCCCCUUUGCGGAGCUUGGGGUCCCUUUCCCCGAGUCUUUGCUGCCGGUGCUGUGGCUGCGGAUUCCCAAGGUUUUGUGGAGGAUCGGGAGCUGCGUUCACGUGUCUCAGACCCCGGUUCCCCGGAAUCCGGAUGGGACCGCCUCCGGCAGCUGUUUACCAAAGAUGAACAACAGAAAUUCCCAAAGGAAACUGAGUAUAUCUGCAGAGCAGCAGUUUCAGCAGGCAUCAUUGGCUGGGCAUAUGGAGGAAUACCUGCUUUCAUUUACGCUAAAAAACGCUACAUUGAACAGAGCCAAGCAGAGAUUUAUCAUAACCGGUUUGAUGCUGUGCAAAGUGCACACCGUGCUGCCACAAGAGGCUUCAUUCGGUAUGGCUGGCGCUGGAGCUGGAGAACUGCAGUCUUCGUGACCGUAUUCAACACAGUGAACACUGGACUAACUGUGUAUCGGAAUAAAGAUGCCUUGAGCCAUUUUGCCAUUGCAGGAGCUGUCACAGGAGGUCUUUUCAGAAUGAACUUAGGUGUUCGAGGCCUGGUGGCUGGUAGUAUAAUUGGAGCCUUGUUGGGCAUGCCUAUGGGAAGCUUGCUGAUGGCCCUUGAGAAGUUCUCUGGUGAGACAGUUCAGGAGAGAAGACAGAAGGACAGAAAGGCCUUGCAUGAGCAGAGACUCGAAGAGUGGAGAAACAGUCUGCAAGUCACUGAGCUCCUCCCUGUGGAAAUCGAGAGUGGCUUAGAGAAGAUUCGACCUGAGGAAGAUCUUCAGAGAAUCGAGGCACUGCUAAGCCUCCCUAGGAAUCCUUCAGCACCAGAUAAACAAAGCAAGGACUGAGGACCAGGUGUCUAUGUCUGGGAAUGCCAGUGCCAGGCUACUCCUUGCCAGCCUGCUGACAGAUGUGAGGGCUAGAAGCUGUGGUAGCGGUCACUUGUCUCCGAUCUUUUUUGUACAUCCAGGAUUAGGCACUCAGUGCUGGGCAGGGUGUCACUGACCUGUAAUUCCAGCUGCUUGGGAGGCUGAGAAAAAAGAUAGUGUGAGGCUAGCUUGAGCUACCUUAUGAGAACCUGGUUAAAAAUGUGCACCCACAAAAAACAAACAACAACCAAAAAACAACCUAAAUAUUCUUAUUUAUUCCGAUCAUUGAUCCAUCUAAAUACUUAACAUUUCUCUAUCCUGCUUGAUUUUAUACAAGUAAAAUUCUUCCCAGAAGAAUAAAAUUGUGUUGUCUGGA